UGCUCGAGAAAUAUUCCAUCUUCAUGCGCACUGUAAACUACGUCUGUGGUUGCCGUGGCAACCAAUGUCAAAACUAUGGAGGCCGACACUUAAGUUAUGGAGAAGGGUAUACCGCCGGAUCUUAACAAGUGGUUGCGGAAAUGCCUGAAGAAGGAGUUCGGGAAAGUCAUACAGGACGCCAUAGAGGAGGAUCAGGAGCCCAGCGAUAUCGCCAACAAGCUCACACGCUCGAGAAACAUGGCCACUUUGGUGAGCUCCAUGAAGAUGGCAAUCGCCGAGCAGUACAUCGCGAUAAAGCCGCCGUCCGCGGCAUCGCAGUCGCAGUCGUUGCUUUCCUUCGUCAGCGAUCUCACGACGGACGAUUGGGCCUCGCCGCAAGAGAACGGGGAACAGUACAACUACAUAAUCGACAAGAUCAGCCGUGACAAGCCGGUCCACGUGAGACUGGCCGGCUACGGGAUCUUGCUGAAGAUCGAACUGUCGAACGUGAACGCGAGUUCCCAGUGGGACGUUCUGCAGAAGACACUGCUGGACGGCCUGACGGACGACAGCAGGGCCAUAUUCGAAGCCAGCAUGCAGGUGCACGCAAAGCUACUGAAUUUCCCGCAGUUGCACGAGACGCACGGCAACUUGCUGAACGCGUUCAACGCGCAGUACCAUUCGCAGAAGAUGCGCGAGACGCUGCCCACGCUGAUCUCCGGGAUCAACUUCAAGUUCUUCCUGCACGAGAAACUGUUCCGCCUGAUGCACCUGGUGAUCCGCUACCAGGAGGAGAUGCUGAAGAAUACUCGGCACAGCGACAAAACUAUGGAGGAAAUUAUCGAGCAGUUUGUAGUGUUUCUCAGCACGCACAGCUUCGGCAACGCGCUGCAGCCCAAGACCUUGAACACGCUGAAUAUCAUCUCGGUGUUGGAGCCGCACGCCAAGUGGUGCAAGAAGUGGCUUCACGGUCUCUCUACUAGAAGGAUCUUCGUCGCCGCUUUAGCCAAGUCGCCAACGUUGCUGCAGAACAUUGUGGACUGCAUGAAACACGGCUUGGAGACAACACCGCGUUCCUUGUCUGUCUCUAUCUCGGAGGAGGACAACGAGCUGUGCAUCUCCGGGAACACGAUAGAGACCCUGACUCAUCUGCACUGUCUGGUCUUCGUCUCGCGGCUCUGCAGCUACGAAGCCGGCCGAACGUUGCUCGCAGAGAGCACGCUGAAGGCACCGUUCGUCGUCGCCGACUUCCUGGUAGAAAUGUCGAGCGCCUUGAAUAAAAUAGCAGCGGAAGCCCCCAGCGGAGCGUACGACACCUCUCGCAAGGCCCUGCAAAACGCGCUGAACGUACCGGAAGGUUUCCACAGCACCGAAUUUUACCACGCCGCGUUGUGCCACUUGACGUCUCCUUCCGACGUGAAGAUCUGGCCGCACACGUUAGACAUCAUCUCCCGCAUGGUGGACACGGUCGACGGUCCGGAAUUUUUAACCACGAGCUGCAAGGAGCAUCCCGCAAAGUCGGAGAAAGCAGUAUCGAAGUGCCCAGUCGCGAUCGUUGUGCGAUACGCCUCGAAUUUAUUGAAGCAACCGUUUUCCAUAAUGGACAUCGAACGUGUUCUCGACUCGUUUCACCUCGUAGAGAAACUAUUCGACGUUUACGACGUCUACGAAGCCGCGCAGGAGCCGAUAGAGACGCAGUUCUACCCUGCCGUCGCGAACUUUUACAAAAAGCUGAACAAGUGCAGCGUGGAGAAUGAGAACAAGGUCCAGCAGGUCGACAGCGCUGUUAAGAAAGUUUUACUGAAGAUGGUAUCGGUGCCGCUGGGCUUGCAAGCGCUCGUCAGCGAGAAGCUGGUGUUCGAGGAACUGAUCCGCGGAUUGAUCGUCCCGCUGAGAGCGACCUGGAGUUCCACCGACAUAGUCAGCUUCAUCUCAUCAGCCGGUUACUUUGAUACGGGCUACAACGUGCUCGCGGAUCUCGCACCCCACGUCCUGUCGACCCUGCUGUCGCGGAUCUGCGCGAACGUGGAGAAUCCCAGAUUCUUUUACGAUCCGUGGAAGCAAGAGAACGUCGACGAGUUUCUGCAUAUACUCACGUUGUUUUCCCUGAACUUUAACUGUUUCGCCGCGUUCAUGGUGAACGACAGCGAAUUAGACGACGACGGUGAGGAGAAGGAUUAUCUUUCAAAUCUAUCCGAAUUAUUGCAGGCUGCGAUGAACGAAGAUUCGAGCUACCAUCACUUGGGCCUGCUGUCGUUGAACGCAGUAAUUUGGAAUCUAGACAUUUACGUUUACUUACUAAACUCAUUAAACUUCCAGAAAGCGUUGUUAGACAUGCAGAAGGAGAGCACGAUUGUACUCGAGAUCCGCAAGGAGGAAGCCGAUGACGAAACCGAUUACGAGCCGGCUGUGGAGAACGACGAGGAUAAUAAGCCAGAGCUGACAAAGGAAUACGUAAUUGACGAUUCCAGUUUCCUGCGACACAACAUUUUAUUGAAAUCAUAUUACAUGACGCACAAGCGAAAGCGAUACACGAUACCGCUGGAAGAAUAUGAAUUGUUUUCGGAAUUUCCGCCGCCCAGGAUCUACGCAGACUUGACGGACUCCCCGGACGCGCAGUAUGACACGGAGCUGGACGAUAUGCUCCAGGAUGAGAGGCCCGGGUUGCUAGACAUCAGUUGGGUAUCGCAAGUUAGGGCGGCUCAUAAAGUCUCGCGGUGUCCGAUGAAGAAUUCGGCGAUGACGAAUUUAUUGAAUCAAAUGCACAAAGCGAUCCCGACUGCGGAAUGGGUGGAGCAGUUCAAGUGGCAGGAGAAUAUAACGUACGACGCGGACUACUGGCACCCGGAGGACGUACAGGCGAUUACUGUCGUGUUAAAUUACGCUGAGCAACAGCAGAUUCUCGAAAAUACUGACGACAACCAGCAGAAUUUGAAGAAAUUUAUACAUUCCGCUUAUAUAUUUAUACAGUACAGCAAACCGAGCAGGUUUGAGGGUUUCGAUUGGUUUUUGGCGACAGUGUUUCUUAUCUGCGAUGGAGAUUUGAACAAAUGCAAGACGUUUAUCAUGCAAUUAGUUCAAUUCCCAUCGGCUUUGCUGCUGUGGCCGAAACUGGGCAGAGUCAUCGACGAAAAGAAUGACGAGAGCACCAGCUCGCAAUUCACUUUUAUGCAGGUUUUAGAGGCCAUGGUCAACAUCGAGCUACCAAACGUUAAAUACGGCCUGAAGGUGAUUAAAUUUCAUCUCCUAAGGGUUCAAUUAUUCGGGAUGCAAUAUAUAACGCGCUCUGAUUUCAACAAGGAUGCCUGUGGCGUCGACUGGUGGAUGAUAUUUAGCAGGAUGAUAUCACAAUGUUUCUGGGGGAUUCUACCGUGGAGCGAGAUAGUUCACUUUCUCGCGAUUUGUAUUUUAUAUCCACCGGAUUACAUGGUGUACUAUGGCGUGUCACUUUUGCAAUACUGUCAUGAAGUUUUGCUGCAAGACUUAACGAGUGGGAGGAUGUGGCCGGAGAAUAUGGUAUGCAUAUUUAUCGAAGAUAAAUCGUUCACGCGUGUAAUUUGUCGACAAAUAAUUCGCCAAGUGAAUUCUCGCACAGAUAUUAGACGAAUAUCGCUGCCAUGUCUACAUCUCGUACAUGGAUGGCUUGAGUCAACGAUACAGAAACAGAGUGUUACCGGCAAUGACGAAAAACUUGAAUUCAGAAGACGAGAUAUAAAUGCGUGCGCACGAUGCAUUUUAUUUAAAAAUAAAAUAGAAAAAAGAAAUCAUAAAACCCUCGCUCGCAUGAGAGUGGCAAAGGUAUUGUGCCUUCAUGCUUUCACGUGCUUUUCAUUCAUACGAAAGAAACUAUUUUAUAGAUCCUUUAUACUGAAAUCAUACCUCAGUAAAAUAUUGUAUCACGAAUAACAAUUAACGAGGUUGAAUUAUAAUG